AGAUUCCUGCGUCGAAAUGCAUCCACAAGAAUUCCCAUCAACUCGAAUACAAAGGAAACCCAUGCACAAAAGCCUCUUACCAUCUUCACUGCCUAGUUCUACCCCCACUACCGCCGGAAUUCAGGUCGGAGACACAAUGGCCGCCGUCACAACACAAGCUUCAGCCACUGUCUUCCGUCCAUGCGCAUCCAUGUCCAGAUUUCCUACUGGGUCCUCUGGGAAAUUAAACAGAGGACUCAGCUUCAAGUCGAUGGCGCCUUCUUCUUCCUCUUCUACCUCUUUCAAAGUUGAAGCCAAGCAAGGCGAGUGGUUGCCGGGUUUGCCUGCACCGGCUUACCUCAAUGGGAGUCUUCCAGGUGACAAUGGCUUUGAUCCUCUAGGACUUGCAGAAGACCCUGAGAAUUUGAGAUGGUACGUGCAGGCAGAGCUCGUGAACGGACGUUGGGCCAUGUUGGGUGUUGUUGGAAUGCUGUUGCCGGAAGUUUUUACAAAGAUUGGGAUAAUCAAUGCUCCGCAAUGGUACGAUGCAGGGAAAGUUGAGUACUUUGCAUCUUCAUCUACCUUGUUCGUGAUCGAGUUCAUUUUGUUCCAUUAUGUGGAGAUCAGAAGGUGGCAAGAUAUAAAGAACCCAGGAUGUGUUAACCAAGACCCCAUCUUCAAGCAAUACAGCUUGCCUCCACAUGAAUGUGGGUAUCCCGGUAGCAUUUUCAACCCCCUCAACUUUGCUCCCACACUUGAGGCCAAGGAGAAGGAGCUUGCUAAUGGGAGAUUGGCAAUGUUGGCAUUCCUGGGAUUUAUUGUUCAGCACAACGUGACUGGGAAAGGACCGUUUGAAAACCUUUUGCAGCACCUCUCAGACCCAUGGCACAAUACUAUUGUUCAAACUCUCAGGGGCUAGUAGAACGAAAUUUGAAGAUGAAUUUGGGAAUUGCAAUCUUGUUCUUUGCUUUUGUUUCCAUGAGUGAAGGGUUUUUGAAUGUGACUUGAGCAUCCAUUGUAAACAAGGAACCUUCAAUGUACAGGGAACUAAAUAUAACGACUUCUAUUAU